GGGCAAUUCCCAAUUUCCGCCUCCGUCUCUCCCUCGCCACCACUUUCCUUCCGCUCUCACAGUUUUUCUUUACUCUAGAGCAAGCAGCCGAAUGACCUGAAAAAUGAUUUUAAUUUCAUUAUAUAAAUAAUACUACCCGACCCACCAUCACCACCAUCCCCCGGCAGCCACACAAUCGCUCACAUUAUAUUUAAAUUUCCUUCCAUUACCACUUCCCAAGCUCUGUUCUUAGCUCUGAGAUAGUUUGCUUUCCCCCGCUCAAACUCCCCUUCUUUUCCUGCAAAAAAACGCUUCUUCUUUCGGGGUUUCUGAGCUUGGAAUUCAGGGUUAUCAAAAGGGUCGCUCUUUAAUUCGUCGAUUAUGGCUCUCAAUUUGUUGUCUCCUCCUGAUGUAAAGUCCGUUUCUUUCUUGGAUUCCACCAAAUCGUUCCACACCCACGCCUUAUCCAAGCUCCCAGGUGGGUUCAGUUUGAAGAGAAAGGAGAAUGGUGGGAGAGGAAUCCAAUGUUCAGUUCACCAGUCCCAGCCUCCUCCAGCUUGGCCUGGAACGGCUCUCCCUGAGCCAGGCCGCAAGACUUGGGAUGGUCCCAAACCAAUCUCCAUCGUAGGUUCCACUGGCUCCAUUGGCACCCAGACAUUGGAUAUAGUGGCUGAAAACCCAGAUAAAUUCAGAGUUGUGGCCCUGGCAGCUGGUUCAAAUGUCACACUCCUGGCCGAACAGAUAAAACAAUUCAAGCCCCAAUUGGUUUCUGUGAGAGACGAGUCAUUGGUUGAAGAGUUAAAGGAGGCUUUGGCUGGUCUUGAUGUAAAACCUGAGAUCAUCCCUGGGGAGCAAGGUAUUAUCGAGGUUGCUCGCCACCCAGAUGCUGUUAGUGUUGUGACAGGAAUAGUGGGAUGUGCUGGUCUCAAGCCUACAGUGGCUGCAAUUGAAGCCGGGAAAGACAUAGCCCUAGCCAACAAAGAGACCUUAAUUGCUGGAGGCCCUUUUGUCCUUCCUCUUGCUCACAAGCACAAUGUCAAAAUUCUACCUGCUGAUUCUGAGCAUUCUGCGAUAUUUCAGUGUAUUCAGGGCCUGCCUGAAGGUGCACUCCGACGGAUUAUUCUCACAGCUUCUGGUGGUGCUUUCAGGGAUCUCCCUGUUGAGAAAUUGAAGGAUGUUCAGGUUGCUGAUGCCUUGAAGCACCCAAACUGGAGUAUGGGAAAGAAGAUCACAGUGGACUCAGCUACCCUCUUCAAUAAGGGACUUGAGGUGAUUGAAGCCCAUUAUCUAUUCGGAGCUGAGUAUGAUGAUAUCGACAUCGUCAUCCACCCACAGUCCAUUAUACAUUCGAUGAUUGAAACUCAGGACUCUUCUGUGCUUGCGCAACUAGGGUGGCCUGAUAUGCGCAUUCCAAUUCUCUACACAAUGUCCUGGCCUGAGAGAAUCUACUGUUCCGAAGUAACUUGGCCUCGUCUUGAUCUUUGCAAGCUGGGCUCACUGACAUUCAAAGCUCCCGACAACGUGAAGUACCCAUCCAUGAAUCUUGCUUAUUCAGCUGGACGAGCUGGAGGUACCAUGACAGGUGUCCUGAGUGCUGCCAAUGAGAAAGCUGUAGAGUUGUUCAUUGAUGAGAAGAUUAGGUAUCUGGAUAUCUUCAAGGUUGUGGAGUUGACGUGCGCCAAGCAUCAGGAGGAGUUAGUGACAUCACCAUCACUAGAGGAGAUCAUACAUUACGACUUGUGGGCAAGGGAUUAUGCUGCUAGUCUGCAACAGUCUUCUGGGUUGACUCCAGUUCUUGUCUGAUGCUUUGGCUAAUUGGCUGAUUGAUUUCCUGAGGGUGUCAUUGGCGGAUCGUGAAGGUGUUUCUUUCCUUUUUCCUUGCCAGAAGUUUGGCAACAUUGCACUAUUGAAGGGAGGGUAGGCAGCAGUGUUAUGUAGAGUAGAAGGGCUUGGGAUGCAUUACCGUUUCUGUGUUUUGUUUUUGGCAUAAUAUGCAUCCUCUGAAACAAUGGGGAAAGCUUGAAUGUAACAUUCUGAUUAUCAAAUGGAAAGGGGGGUAAGUCGGUAAGAGAAGGGAAAAAGGAUUUGGAGCUCGCAAAUGUAAAGAAAAUUACAAUGAGAAUCAACAUGCCAUUUGCAGUAUAGUAGAAGUGUAGAACUCAACAAAGUUUACUUGUAAG